UCUCUCGUUUCACCUCAGAGGAGGCGCAGAGCCGAGCGGGCGACGCUGCCGCCGCUUUCUCCGGCCGGCCGCCUCUCCUUCGCGAUGGGCUCAGAGAAGGACUCGGAGUCGCCGCGCUCUACCUCGAUCCACGCGGCUGCCCCGCCGGCCAAAUGCCCCAAGAGCGGCUCAGGACAAGCAGGAGGCGGCAGAGGCACCGGCGGCGGCGGAGGUGACGGCAACAGCGGCAGUAACAGCGGCACGAGCCGGGGCCGACGCCGCCUCCUCAGCUUCCAAAGCGUCUUCUCGGCCGCCGCCUCGGCCGCCUCGUCCUCAGCCUCCGGGGCCGGAGUCCGCCGCCGGCGGAAGGCCAAGGCCAAGCCAGAGCCGCCUCAAGCCAAGCCCGCCCCGGUGGUGGAGGCGGUGGCGGCGGCGAUCCCCAGCCCCACCGCAGCAUCAACCCAGGCCACUCCGCCGCCGCCCUCAUCGCCGCCGCCACAGCCUCCUCCUGCUCCUUCGGCGGCGGUUACCGGGGAGGGCGAUGCCGCCGCCGCUGCUGCCGCCACCUCGUCCUCGUCGUCGUCUUGUGGUGCGGAGUGCGAGGAGGGCGGCGAGGAGUCCUCCCCGUCGGAGUUGGAGUGCCCGCUGUGCCUGGUGCGGCAGCCGGCGGGCAACGCGCCGCGCCUCCUCUCGUGCCCGCACCGCUCGUGCCGCUCGUGCCUCCGCCAGUACCUGCGCAUCGAGAUCACAGAGUCGCGCGUCAACAUCAGCUGCCCCGAGUGCAGCGAGCGCCUCAACCCGGCCGACAUCCGCCUCCUCCUGCGCGACUCGCCCCACCUCGUCGCCAAGUAUGAGGAGUUCAUGCUCCGCCGCUGCCUGGCCGCCGACCCGGACUGCAGGUGGUGCCCGGCCCCGGACUGCGGGUGAGAGAGAGCAAAGGCAGGGGCAGGAGGAAGGACACGCUUAAUAAUAAUAAUAAUAAUAUAAAAAAAAUAAGUAAAAACAGCAGCUGCUACUUUGGUGGCCGUUAUGGGAAGUAAAUUGCUUUAUCUGCAUUAGCCUGCUGUGAUCUUUACAACAACCCUGGAAAGGUUGGCCGGUUUGGAUCUUGCCCCCCAUGUUACAGAUAGGGGUGGGUGAGGUCCAGACAGCACCACCUAGCGGGCUCUUGCCAGUGGGGGACAUUAAACCUAAGAACAGCAUGAUUCCAAGCUGCUUAGUCCUGCACCAAUUCAGAGCGAAAGCAAGCCAGUACUACGAUUGGGGCCAGCCAUGAUUGGCAGGGUGUGUACCAGGUUUCAAGGUUCACAGAGGGGCAUGCACUACUAGGGAGAGAACUCUUUUUAAAGGUCAUGUCACUGAGCCCUAGCUGCAGUUUAAAGUUUAAAGGUGCAGGGGAGGUACCUUUGCAUUGACUAAAUAUUGUCUUUGUAGCCAAGCCAAUGUUCUGUACCAGCUGAAUACAUGGUGCAUUAGAGUGAAAUGAGCAAAAAUGGUAUGUCACUCUGCCAUCAACAGUUUACAGUUUAAAAGUGGAUAGUUUAGAGAGAAAAUGGCGAAGUGAUGGAAAUAUAAGAAAAAGGGGUGUGAAGAGCAUCCUCUGGCUUUUUUCUGUUGGGGAUCAGGGCUUUGGGAAUUAAGCCCAGAGGCUUGUGGGAGAGGUGGUUUUUGCAGAUUUUAUAUUCUUGUUUAGUUCACACACUGCUGCUUCAUUUUGGAAAUAGUGUAUAAUUGUGUCUAUAGUUCAUAUCUCACCUGCCAUGAACAGUCAUAGCAAGCCAUUUAGCUUUAGCCCCUUAUCUGCAAUAAAGUUAACAUCAUUAAUUUAUAUUUUUUCCGACUUGUAGGAGUGUUUGAAAAACACUUGAACACUAAGAACAUUGUAUGCAGUAAUAAGUAUUGUAUUUUUAACUACUGUUCACUUAUUUUAUUUUAUUAAGUUUCUAUCCUGCCCUUCCUCUGAAAGGAGCCCAGACUGCUCCAUGUUCCUAUAGAAAUUAAGUGUAGUACGGGUAAUGUUGCUUCAACAAUGGUGCCUCAUCUGGCUUUUUCUGUCCAGAGGGAGACAAGUAAGUGCCCUGUUCCCAAACUGCUCACACUGUCUCUUUCAAUAUCCUAGGGGAAAUGGUGGCAAACAGCAGAAUUUUUUAAGACUAAAGCAUUGCUGACCAAGUUCAUGCAGUGCACCAGCAGGAUUAUGUCCAGCAAUGAAGUGUCAAUUUGAAUGCACUUAGCUUCUUCCAAUCAUUCGCAGCCCUUAUUAAAGGAGUUUCUCCAAUCUCAUUAAGGCAGCUAGUUUUGCUGCCUAAUGGUUAUAAUUUUGCAAAGGAAUAGGUGUGAGUGAAAGUGAAAAUGAAAACAAAACUUUUAUUAUUAGGUACUUUGGAAGUGCCAAAGAUGUGCUAGAACCUGCGUUAAGUAUUUAAAAAUCAGCAUAUACAUUCCUCAUAGGAUUGUAGUCUAAACCUUUAGAGGACCCAGGGAGCUGCAUCUCUUGAGUGAACACUUUUUUUACAGGGCUUGGGUAAUACUGAACACGGUCACAGUGUAGGAAGGGAAAUAGGAUGUAUGUAUAAGAUCAGUUAUCUUGGUGCAGACUGAAAACACGUGGAAGACACAAACUUUACAAGAUCAGUAUAUCCUUUAAAGUUUGAGGUGUUUAUUAAGGACUGUCUUUCCCUCUGUAAAUGGAGGGCAACACAUAAGUAAUGGAGGGAAGCACAUGUAUGUGUAAACAAAACUAACUGCAUUUACAAGGAUUUGUGCCUCUAGAAAUUUAUUAAAGGGCAGACUAUGAUGAAACAGUUCACUCUAUGCUGUGGCUAUCAAAUCCUCAAGAGGAAUACUUAUAUGAAAUGGAAAUGCUAUCUCAAAUACGUUGUGUUGGCAUGUAAAGAUAAGCUGGGAUCUCUGGGUUAUUGUGGUUUAGCAUGAACGAGUAGUACCUGCUGCUUGAUUGAUCCCACAUUUCUCCUCCCCAGUACAAGGAGCAUAAACAAACCCAAGAAACCAUGAAUGGUGGUGGUGGUUAGUAAUAAACUGCCCUUCUUCAAAAGACCUUAACAAAUCUUAAGCUGUGGUUUAUUGUUACCUUAUAGACUAUGACUUGUUGGUCUCAGUAACAGAGGAGGGGUGGCCCAUCAAGAGGGAAGAGAAUGUGUCAGACAGCUGUGGAAAGUCCCAGUUUAUGGUGAUCUAGAUAUUUGCAAAUCAUUCUGUGGCUUGAAUCCUUGGCAAGGACUGGCUGGCACUGCUGAUGGUAGUUAAUUAACUAGGUCCUGCAGUGAGGUGUGAAUUGUACUUUGUGUCAUUCCUGUCUACUUAGUUGCAGGUAGACUUUGCUCAGAAUUGUUUUGUCAGUAAAAUUUAUUUUCCUGAGAAUCUUGUUUAAGUAUUAAUGAAUAUUUAUUGAUGUGGGGUUGAUGUUACAGAUGAGGAGUAGUGGGUGAUCUUUGGAAGUAGGGGCAAGGGGAGUUUGAUUUGAAAUUUUCUGAUCACAAGUGUUGUAUGUAUUUCAGGUUUGUGGUGGAAUUUUUUUUACUGAAAAGUUCCUGUUUCUACAAUGCCAGGGAAUUGUGGGUCUUUCCCAGCCCCUCUGUAUGCUGAGAAGUUCAGCAGCCUUAAGCUAUCCUUUCACAAUAGUGGAGGAAACUGUAAACAAUGACUUUCAGUAAGAACAGAAACUUGCACAUUCUGGUAAGAAAGCAUUUUAUGUAUGGGGAUGCAAGUGGUGAAACGUUGAAUCAUUGUGAUUCAGCAUCCAGUUGGGUAACUGGGAAAUGGCCUAGCCUUUGGCAGUUAGUCAGAAUGAGAUUUGAGUAAGUCUUGUUUUACUUUCAUUUCUGUUUUCUUUUAAAUCAGUCUCCCAAAGUUUCUCUUAACACAGCAUGGAAAGUACAAGCAAUGAUUCUUUAAGUUGUCCUUUAGAACAUUCAUCUUAAAACAUGGGGUAAGGGAAGUUGUAAUGUACUGGGCACUGCAGAAUAUUCUUGGAAUUGUUGUAAUUGCUUCUGAUUCUGUUGAUUUCUGGCAUGCAUAUGUUGUUGCUGGGCAGUCCCAAAUUAUGCUGUACUGCAUAAUUAGAGGAAUUAGAGAUCAAAAGAAGGUGGGCAAGCAUACCACCCACAUGGUAGCUCCACUAAAUACUGUUGGGCAGUUUUUCUGCUUUGCUCAAUUAGCAAGAAUCUGGUUAUCACUUAACUGUUUCCUCUAUUCAACUGAUGUAAAAUUUAUCAGAUUUGAUAGGAAACAUAAAACAAGCUGAUGGAACACCCUGCUCUUGGAUAGAUACCGCCAACUUGCUUUAUUUGAGAUAGUGCUACUUCUGUGGCAGGGUUCUGAAGGUUAGUGUGCUAUUUAACACUGAAAUGAAAUAUAUCCUAUCUGGUUGCCUUGUAUUCUAAGCUAAUAGUUUGUACAUAGAGACCCUGAAGACUACCCAGAAACAUUCUGAAAAAAGCUUCAGCACUGUAUCCUUUGUAACAAAUUUGAGACACUGGUGGGUUUCAUGAUGUUCACUGUUGGAAUCUAGAUUUUGUUUUGUUAAAAAAUACACUGUUCUUAAAUUUGUAGAAGUUCAUUUAAAAAUGAAAUAUCACCCCUGCCAAAAGUCUGGAAACAGGCAAGAGAUAAUGAACCAGACCUUUUCCAUAUUAAAGUGUUAUGUUUUACAUUUCUCUGAAUAUAAUAACAAUGUAAGAAUGUAGCCCCCAUUUGUAGUGCCUCAUCAGAAUCCUGGAUUUGCAUGAAAUCAGGGUGGGGUAAGGGGCAAAGUUACAGGCAGGUUGCGUAGAAGGUUGCCAUGGCAUGGUAGCAAAAAAAGAAGAAGAGAGGCAUUAUGAGGGGGAAAGUGGUUUUAAACAAUGGCAGAAGUUUGAGUAGAGUAGCAGGGAUGACACUGAGUGGGGCAAAGUGGCAGUUUAAAACAGGGUUUGAGUACACUGAGAAGGGAGUUUUGAAAGGCUUUGCUUUAGCUUUGUGCUGUUAGCUUCUGUGUUGUAUGCAUCUCUGCUUGUUCUCUUUCUUUGCUUUAAAACAAGCAAAAAUCCUCAGUGGUCUUCCAUUCUUGCUUUACUCAAACCUCUGCUGUUGUUUAAAAUCACAACCCCCCCCCCAGGGUUACUCCAUCACAGCUUUAUUCAAACUUUUACCAGUUUAAAACAACCUCUUUUCCUUUUUCAAUAUUUUUCCUUAUUGCUGAACUCAAACUUCUCUCUCUUCCAUUCCUCAGAGAAAUAAAGGAUGCUGAGCCCUCAAAUAUCCCACAGUAGCUUCACAGAAUGUAUGUCACUCUUGAUACCAUGUGUUGUCUUCAACAUGAAGUUCCAGAUUCAGUGUAGUAAUUUAGAAGAGUUAGUUUACUAACAAUCAAACAUCUAUAUAUGUACAACAUCCUUUAAAACUGAACAGCCCAACUGACAGUCUUGGUUUUAAGAUUCUACUCAUUUUUAAAGUUACAGUAAUGUAUAUCAUCAUGGUGUGUGUCCACAAAGGGGGCUGCAGAAUAGGGGAGUUGAGAAAGCAUGCAAAUGGUGAUCUGUGUGCAAGGGAGAGUUGAGAAAAGUGAGGACGAGGGUGGAAUAAAAAAGGGGGUGAUGGUAAAAAUAGGCGUGCAAAAGGGGUUGCAAAAAGAGGUAGUAAGAGGCAUGGGAAUGGGGUUGAAGACUAAAGCAGAGUCAUGAAAGGGUCUGCAGAAUAAGAGAGAAUAGCUUCAUAAUUGAGUGGAAGGUGAAAAAGGUGCUUAGUUGCUCUGUGUUGAAAGAGGAAGGUACCUGAGAUUACCAUGGGGCUGGUUUGAAUGUAAGGGUGUUGCACAAAAAGAGGACGAGGCACAGACAAGGGGGUGAAGAUGAAAUGAGUGCAAAGUGAGUCUAUAGAAUAGAGAGAACUGGCAUCAGAAAUGGGGUUUGAGAGGUGAAAAGUAAGCUUUGGAAUUGCAUGGGGUGGGAAGGGGAAGCUCUAGGGCAGGGGUCAGCAAACCUUUUCAGCUGUGGGCUGGUCCACUGUCCCUCAGACGUUGGGGGCUGGACUAUAUGGGGGGUGGGGAGAGAACAAAUUCCUGUGUCCCACAAAUAACCCAGAGAUGCAUUUUAAAUAAAAGGACACAUUCUACUCAUGUAAAAACACGCUGAUUCUCUGACCAUCUGCAGGCUGGAUUUAGAAUCUUCAUAGAAUUUGUUGAAUCUUCAUAGAAUUUUCGGGAGGCAGGGAGAGAUGAAGAAAGAGCACAGAUCUACCCAUGGGUAGGCAAACUAAGGCCCGGGGGCCAGAUCCGGCCCAAUCGCCUUCUAAAUUCAGCCCAUGGACGGUUCGGGAAUCAGCGUGUUUUUACAUGAGUGGAAUGUGUAAUUUUUAUUUAAAAUGCAUCUCUGGGUUAUUUGUGGGGCAUAGGAAUUCGUUACCCCCCCAGUAUAGUCCGCCCCCCACACAAGGUCUGAGGGACAGUGGACCACCCCCCUGCUGAAAAAGUUUGCUGACCCCUGCUCUAGGGGGUUAAUGUGGGGGGCUGUUAGGUGGGUUGGUGAGCAGCACAAGCAGGCAGUGCAGCUGCUAGUGCUAGUAAUACCGUUAGAAUACAGUAUCAAAAAAAUUGGUUGCACAAAAUCCAGCUGCAGUUUUGCAUAUCACUUGCUUGAACAGCAGCUAUCAAUUUUUCAGCUAUCAGGUGGGGGAUUUUAUGUGUAAAAAACAUUUGGAAGAGACAGUGGGAUAGGGCAUGUGCUCUGAUGAAUAGCUGUCACAUUUACACAAAAGUCAAUUGUACAUGGUGCCAAGAUAGCAUAUGUGCUGCCUGAAGUAGUACCUAAGAGCUGUCAGUAAUCUGUGUGGGUUCAGAACGAUGCAUAUGAUUUCUUUCUCCCUGCUUCUCACAUGUUUUGUAGAAAAUCUUUGUCACAUAGGUUUCAUAGUUCAGUUUCUCUGUGAGACUGCAGUAAAAGCAUGUUCUGAGAAAAAUAACAUGCAAAAUCCUCAUGGUUUCUGCAUCCCACCCAUGCUUCAAGCAUCUUCAUAAAUUGGCAAGCUUAGCUAUUCUGCCUAGGGAGGUAAACUGCAGACAUAACACAAGGGUGUGUUUCCAUGGUAAUGUUGGUCUUCUAGUGCACAGUUAGAUCUGCAUACAAAUCUGGAACUACCUUUUCCAUUGUAGUCAGCUCGUGCUGCUGUCUGACAUUCGUUGCUUUGUAUUUUUCCCUGAGGUUGAGGGGGAAAUUUCAGGGCAUUAAAAUAAAUUCAUUGUGUUGGCAGAAUUACCAGUAAAUGAGUAGAGCAGAGCAUGAAUAGGGUGGGGCAUGUAUUUAGCUCUCAUUCAGUCAGUGGAAGUGAAAGGUGGUAGGCAGAUUGGUACUUGAGGUCAAGGUAGAAGCAGGAUUCUAUAUCUAUUUUUAUUGAUUUGUAUACAUACAGCUUUUUAUUUAUAAAUUUGUUCAGUUCAAAAUAUGCAAAUAAAUAAAAUAAAUAAAUACAAUUAACAGUUAAAAUACUAGAUAGUCAUAUCUUUUCAGCAGCUAGAACCCAAAAAUAUCUUAAAAUUGGCUGUUGGAAAAUGUCAUGAUAAACAGAAUGGUCUUUAACUAUCUGUGAAAUUAUCCUAUCACCACUGCUCUCCUGAUCUCCAUAAUUCAACAUAUUUUAACAAAUUAAAAUUAUAUAAACAAUUGUGCUAUAGAAGUACAUACCAUAUAUGAAGUAUCAAGAUAAUAGAACUUCUAACAUAGUGGUUUCUGCAGUGAACAACAACUGUUACAAUGUAAGAUUAUAUAGACAGGCGCAGCAUUGAUUUUAGUUACAGGUGACAGAAAUCUGCAGCUGUGAAGUUUUCUUCUUAAAGUUACCCCUUUAAAACAACAAAUGUAAAACAAACUUUAUCGAUAAACAGGUGUUAUAUAUACAAGCAUUAGUAAUGACUUAUAGAAAGCAACUAUAAUCAAUUUCAGUAUUCAAACCUGAGGGAUGCAAAGAAUCAAGUAGAAAAAUAAAUCUAGUUUCUUUCUGCAUAAGAAAUGACACCAAAUCUCAUCAAGAAAUGAUCUAACAGCAGCGCUAUAACAAUACCCUCACACCCUGUGGCAAAGACUGAAAUCAAAGUUAUAUCCCAUCUUGUAUGUCAGGCCGUGCAAAAAUAUGCUGAGACAGCUUCAUGGAUGCAGUGGAGGCUGGUCCAGUAGAGGCAGAUUAGGCAUGAACUUUGAAUUCUCCAGAACAGUCCUGGGGUUCACUAACACCACAGUCAAGGACACCUCCUUCAGCUAGGUCAGAGAAGCUGUUUGUUUAGCAGCAGGGUGGGUAGAACAUCUGAUAGCAACCCCAAUCUAUCUGGCCCAACAACAGGUGAAGGCCAUCUAAGCCUGCUCCAAUAGGGAGACGUUCUCUGGUGAAUGCAGUGAUAGCUUAUGAACCACAGUGACUCUCCUCCUGCCUAGACCCACUAAAACCAAAUGGUUAUAUGAAGACUGAGACUGCUCAGUAGGUGCUGAAAACUGAUGGAGUGAGGGGAGAUACCCAGAAAACAGGGUGGGUGUAGGCAUGUGAAUUGGAAUGCAGUGUAUUGGAAAAGGGCCUGGCUUGCUGGCUGGAACCUUAAAUAAAAGCACUUCAGUGUUUUGUUGCAGGUCCCACUUGUAGAUUCUGUUCUCAAUGUAGUUUUGGCUGUGGAAAUGCGGGUAGUUAAGAGGCAAAACAUGAAUGGAUUAAAGGAGUCUUGGGAAUUAAUUAUUGGCUUCUGUACCUUCAAGACUGAAAGGUUUGUCAUUAACACUAUGUCAUUGAACUUGAUGUUAUCAGCUGUCCUCUUGCUCUCCUUGUGAAAGAUGAUUCUUGUAGGACAGCAGUUGUCUUCCUGAUAAUGAUGGGGUGGAAUGGCUAGAGGGGGCUUAAUUCCCCAGUGGGGACUCAGUUUAGAAGAGCUGGGAUAGUCAAAGCCUCUUUUCCCACCUGCUAGGAGAUUAUCAAACUGACAAAAAGGAAGUAUAGAUUCCCCAGCAGCUGCAUACAAAUUGUACAGCGCAGGGCCUCCCCUCAGAAGCAGCCCUGUCCUUCAUGUAAGAACUAUGGCUUUCUGGAAUCACAUCCACUAAAAAAAAUGAAUGUUACAUUUAGAAUAACUUGUGCAAGUUACGUACAUUGCAAAAAAACCCUAGACAUGUUUUAUUCUGGUUGCAUGUUCUGCAGAAUUUGAUUGAGCUGGGGAAGUUGAAAUUACCUGAAUUUUGACAGUGCAGAAUGAAGGGAAGAAUGCUCUGUAGUCAUGCAUAUUUCUGUAUCUCCUGAUGAAACAUAAUUGUUUUUGUUGAGGACUUGCAUGAAUUGAGGGUAAUCCAUUUGAUAACAGGUGGUGCUAGUUAAUAUAUUUAAAUCUGCCUCUCUGCUGGUACUGGGCAUUUUUGUAUACUAGAAAUAUAGAGCAGUCCUACAGACAUACAUGGACCUUCAUUUCUGUCUUUUGAAUCUGCAUAUUGGCAUGUAGGUAUAUGAUGGUCACCUUUUCUAACUGUGCUACACUUGGGUAAAAUGGUUUCUCCAGCUUCCACAGGUUGUGAAUCAUGUGGACUAUUCCAGAUUUCUCAUGCUGCAAGAUCUGAGAAAUAGUCAUGCAACCUGAAUUAUUUGGGAAUUAAAAGCCAGAAGAGUAACAAGGGUGAUAUUUCUGACCCUUACAAAAUAUGCAGACUACAGUGUUAGACAACCUCCUUGUGUCAUUUUUUUGUGCAUGGUGGGUAGCUUCUGGGACAAGGAAUUGUUUUUUACCUCUCCACUGACUUCUUUUUUGUGCUCAGGUAGAAAUUGUUUGCCAAUUGGUGCUUCUGUUUCCAAAGUACUAACUAUAAGCCCAUUAAGGGAGAUGGGGAGAAAACUAACUUUAUUAUGACAGGCUUCUCAUGGUUAGAGCUCUUAGAAUGUUACACAAGCAAGUCAGUAAAUGUCUUGUUCUCACCAAGGGAGAGAACAAUAUGUUAGAUUGUAGAUGUUAACUACUGUACAUCGAAUAAAGUACCUUAAUUUUUGCUGAGAUAUAGGUAGUAAAUCUGAGAAAGCUAGGUUAAUUGUGGCUGAGUAGAUUUCUACAGAGACAGUUGUCUGUGUGGCUUUACUUUACAUAGUACAGUUUUGUCAAUACAAGUCCCAAACAAAACACUGUCCUGCCAUUUACUUUUUUGCUUAGUUAUGCUGUUAUUGCCUAUGGAUGUGCAAGCUGCCCCAAACUGACGUGUGAGAGAGAAGGCUGCCAGACUGAAUUUUGCUAUCACUGCAAGCAGAUAUGGCACCCAAACCAAACUUGCGACAUGGCCCGCCAACAAAGAGCACAAACUCUGCGGGUACGGACAAAGCACACCUCAGGCCUCAGUUAUGGACAAGAAUCUGGACCAGGUAUGUACCAGUGAGCUACUUGCCAGUUAUUGCAGUUGUGUGUGAAGAUCUCGGAAAGAGAUUGACUUGAUUAAAUGUGACUUUUACCUAUGUAUGGUAGCUAAAUUUCAGCAAUGUAAAAGGCAAAGGUUUAUACACAUACACAUGCACUCCUCUAUCUAGGCAAGCAGGAAGCAUCAUCACAGUUCAAGAACACAUUCUGGACAGGCAAAACUACUUGAGGAGAAUAAGGGAUGUGGCCUGAGAAGAAUCUCAAGGUUGGAUAGAGAGGCCUUGAGGGAUGCUUUUAGCACCGAGGUCUAAGAUUCCACACCUCUGUUUUAAAGUACCCACUUGCUUCAAGUGAGUUAUAAAAUUUUUACCUCAGACAUAACAUAACUAUUGAACAUAACUAGUUCAAAUCAAAUGUCAUUCUUCAAAUUGCAUGCUGGCAACAGCAGUGUGUUUUGGUGGAGUUGGGAACAUAGAAAGCUGCUUUCUGCUAGGUCAAACUGUUUCUCCAUCUAGCCCAGUGUUGUUUAAUCUGACUGGCAGUGGCUCUCCAAGGUCUCAGGCAGAGGUCUUUCCCCAUCACUUGAUAUAACUAGAGAUGCCGGGGACUGAAUUUGGGACCUCCUGAAUUUAAAGGACUUGCAGUAAUAAUGAGCUAUGAUCCUAUGCAGCCUUGUUAAAAAUAUCAGGGAUGAAUUACUUGUCAGGCCCAGAAUACUCUUACCCUUUUAGACUAAGAAUGAGUUUCUCAGGCAAUAACCUUACCAAGUUCCUUACCAACCUUUCAGACAUUCAUUCUCAGUCCGCCCCCCUGCCUAUAUGACAGGAUUGUAGUAAGGAUAAAAUGGGGGUGGGAGGGAGGAGCAUAUUCUCCCUUGAACUCCAUGAAGGAAAGGUGAGAUUUAAAUUUGGAAAAUAAGUAAGUCAGGCCAUGGUCCUAAGCACAGUCAAUUGAAUUAGAAACAAUGAGGUAUUUGAAUCUUGACCUGCCACGUGAUUUAAACACUUUUUUCAUUCAAAGGAGGAUGGGCUGGAAGAGUAAGACUGGUGGUUCUUUUACCUUCUUUCUUACAAUGGAAGAUCUCAAAGAUUUUCAAUUCCUUCUUGGGAUUUAUUUUAGGUGCACAAAAUUUGACUGGGUUCUCCUUUUCAAUUCCAUAGCAGAUGACAUCAAGCCAUGCCCACGUUGCAGUGCCUACAUCAUCAAGAUGAAUGAUGGCAGCUGUAAUCACAUGACUUGUGCUGUAUGUGGCUGUGAAUUCUGCUGGCUUUGUAUGAAGGAAAUCUCUGAUUUGCAUUACCUCAGGUAAGUUGGAUGGUAAAAUGCCCUCAAACUGCUCUACCUUGCUAGAGCUAUGUUGCUGUGGUCCAAAACCUUUACUACUCAAAAGAUACUGUGCUGUGGGAGUAUCAAAACAGAUAAAAUAUUGAUUUGUGUUCUCAUACAUAGAAAUGUAGAACGAUGGACUUAAAAUUGAUUGGAGAUGGCCUUAGCACCCUUCCCAAUUUCAUGGGCAGCAGCACUUGCUUCUCUAAGAGCGUUCUGUCAUUUUUGCUCCUUGGCAUGAUGUUAAAACACACCUGAAUGCUCCCGGCCAGCAAACUGCUAAAAUAUUUGUCUUUUAUAGAGGUGGGCAUACUUGCUGAUGAUCAAUUAAGCAAGGGCAUUUGAUUAGCAGCCCCUGUCUGCUAUUUAGCCUCUUAAUUCCUAUGGAAGCAGUAAGGGUGCACUUAGUUUUUCCACACAUGAUUUCUCCAUCUUGGCUUUAUUUCUGUUAAACAAAUCAUGACAUGGUGUAAUAUGUCAUGUAUUGUUGUUUAUCUGAGGUUGUAUUUACCUAAUUUUAAGACCUGUUAAGGAACAAAUGAUUACUAUUAUGUCCUGCUAUGUAAAACCACAGAAUUCAAAGGAGGUGCACUUUAUUUUACCCAUGACUAUACUUGGAUCAGCUGCAGGGGUGGGGGGCUGUGUACUGUGUACAUACAUGUGUGUGCGUAUUAUGUGUCUGUGAGAAAGUGUGCCCCCCCCCCAUUGCUGGCAUGUGGCCCUUGGAGGGUUGGCAGCGAGGGAAUGCAUGCCUCAGAGCAGCAUUUGAAACUCCCAUUGUUCUAGGUGCGUUUUUCGACAGGGAAUUUCUUUUUUUCUUUUUUUUUGCGACAGGGAAUUUCAUUAGCGAGAGCAGUUUCUGAGCCUAAAAUUUCAGAUUAAAACUGCACAGUGGAAGGAAAGGAGGACUUUUUUCUGCCUGCCCAUUUGCAGCCACUCUCUGAAGACUGGAAAAGAAACCCUCUUAAGAAUAUUAGGGGGGUGGGCAGGGGAAGAAUGGCUUUGUUUUUUGCAGUCUUCAGGUGAGGACUAGACCAUGUGAAAAAAGAACAUGAGACUUUAGCUGUAGUUCAUUCGUUUUCAUUUUUGUAUUCUUGUUAUUAAAAAAGCGCACCUAGAUAUUCUGUUGUUGUGUGCAUAACCUAGAUUUAAGGUGCCAUUUAGCUCCUAGCUUUCAUAUCUCAGUUUCUAAUUCUGCCGCAGUCGAAACAGUUCCCCAUCUGUGCUGUAGACACACCUUUAGCUACUUGGACAGGAAGAGGAGGGAAGAGGUUUGGUAAAACUUUUGUGGGCAGGUGUCUGCCUUCCCCCCAUUUUUGAAUCUUGUUCCUCUGAAGACCAAAUAUAAAAUCUCUUGCAGCCCUUCUGGUUGCACAUUCUGGGGCAAGAAGCCAUGGAGUCGUAAAAAGAAGAUUCUCUGGCAGCUUGGAACAUUGAUUGGUGCCCCAGUGGGUAUUUCCCUCAUUGCUGGCAUUGCCAUUCCAGCCAUGGUCAUUGGAAUUCCGGUUUAUGUUGGGAGAAAGGUAAGAAUAAUAACUGUAUACGCUGAAUUAAAUCCAACUACAAGGCUGAUGGUUUUUUUUGCAGGGGGGAGGGGAGGUGCAGAAGUGGUGGUGGUUCCCCUGAUAGUUAAGAGGGACCAUACAAUACCUUUGAAUAUCAAUCAUUGGUAAUGACAGUGGAGGAGGGCUUUUGUACACAUAGCUGUUUGUGGACUUCCCAUUGGCAUCUGGUUGGCUACUGAGAAACAAGAUGCUGGACUAGAAGGGCCUAUAGUUAGAUCCAGGAGGCUACUCUUAGGUUGGAGGUGGAGAGAUCUCAGUGAUAAUUGAAGUUUGCAUUGUGGGACCUGGGGUGGGUAAUAUUUCCUUAGAACACGUGUGUGGCCAGCCCAAAUGCAUAUUGCCUGCGGCUUUGCAUGCCUAGUAAGUUUCAUUGAAGUUGCUGAUUUUGUGGCAUUGAUUCUUGUUGAUGGUCCCUGCUCUGAUUUCUGCCAGCCUGUCCAGUUAUGGACAGAGUGAGACUUCCACCUCUAGAGGGCCCUUUAGCCUCUCUUCUUUUUUCUGGAGAAUCCAUCUCUGCUAUAAACUAUUAAGAGCUGCAGUAGGUAACAUCUUCCUAGAAUGCCAUUCUUCUUUGUGUUGCAUUGCCUGUUUUAUCCUUGAUUCUUCUUAUAUCAGAUUCAUAGCAGGUAUGAGGGGAAAAAAACCUCUAAGCACAAGAGGAACCUGGCCAUCACUGGUGGAGUAACCUUAUCUGUGAUUGCAUCGCCUGUCAUUGCUGCUGUCAGUGUAGGUAAGUAGAUGAGUUCUGUGUUAGAAAGCACAGGAUGAUAUGCUUUGGCUACUGCUUCAGUCUGACAGUGGCGUUAAGAAUUUCCAAACCCCAACACUGCUUAGAUGGGUUAUAACUUAAUUACAUGGAACACAUAUAUUUAAGUUCAGGAUGCAAUGCAGUGCCUUUGCAGAGCAUCUGCAGAACUUGGGAUGGGUGGUGGUGGUCAGUGUUCAUGCUUUGCGGAGUGGUGGGGAAUUCCUUUCUGCUCAGUAAUCUUCUGGCAUUGCGGAAGUGGUACAGUGGUACCUAGGGUUAAGAACUUAAUUCGUUCUGGAGGUCUGUUCUUAACCUGAAACUGUUCUUAACCUGAAGCACCACUUUUGCUAAUGGGGCCUUCUACCGCUGCGCCGUUGCUGCACAAUUUCUGUUCUCAUCCUGUUCUUAACCCGAGGUAAUAUUUCUGGGUUAGCGGAGUCUGUAACCUGAAGCAUAUGUAACCUGAAGCGUAUGUAACCCGAGGUACCACUGUACAGCCAAGGCCUUCCUUUGAGAGAGCUCAGGAAAACAAAACUAUCUUUCUCCUCCCUGUCCCUAUAAUAGUUAUGGAGUUUUCUAUCACUUAUAUUAAUGUUGCCAUGCACCACCUCUGUUUUCUAUAGCAGGGGCAGUCAACAUGGUGCCCUCCAGCUUUUGUAGUACCACAGCAUCUUUUACAAUAAGCCACACUGAAUGAGGCUGAACAUUGUCACUCCCUUCUUUGCUUGAAAUAAUAACUCAAUAAAAAGUUGUGUUCUUUCCUUGAAAAUGAGCCUUGGUCAAUACCUUCCCUAACAUUACUUAAAUAGGCAACUGUGUCCAAGCAACAGAGCCUGCUUUCAAAAAGAAGUAGCUCUGCUUCCUUUAUCCAUGCCCAGUAGAUUUAUAUGGUUUCUUUUGCUGAUACCCUUGAUAUGGUUUCCAUUCAUAGAUCUAGAGGAUGUUUGCUUUUACAUUAAUAUCAACUGCAACUCUAUAGAUCUCUUGUUGUGAUUCGCAAUACCUGCUACUGGUAUUACCAUAUUUUUCGCUCUAUUGGACGCACCGGACCACAGGACGCACCUAGUUUUUAGAGGGGGAAAUCAAGGGAAAAAAUAUUAUUCCCCCCCAGCCCCAAAGAGCUUCUCCCAGAGCUUCUCGGGGCUGCGGGGGAAGCCUGGGUUCCCCCCCCCAGCCCCAAAGAGCAAAGAAGCCAAGACAGCGAGCGGGAUCCAUAGCCGUGCAACCUCUCCAGCGCAGCUAAAGAAGAAGACAAGGCAGCGAGAGCAAUCCAUCCCGCUCACUGCCUUGGCUUCCUCUUUAGCCUUGAGCAGCAUCUUUAGCCUUGCGCAACAGGAUGGAUCGUGCCCGCUGUCCACCGGGGCUGGACUAGAUGACUCCUGGGGUUCCCUUCCAACCCUGCAAUUCCAUGACCUUGGAAGGUGUUGGGGGUCUCCACCACUGGAGGCUUUUAAGCAGCAGUUGGGGGACCAUCUGCCUGGUGUUCUUUAGCUGUAAUUCCUACAUUGUGAGGGGGCUGGGCUAGAUGACCCUCGGGUGGCCCUCCCAACUCUAUACAGUCCUACACGUCUGCGGCAGGAGAUCCACAGCCACUUCACACAAUGCCCACUCCCAAUUUUCAUUGGAGAGACAUGUGGCUGCAGUGUCUAGAUAGGUACCCCCCUACCUGCCACUCUCCCCCCACCCCACUUAAGCCGAGGGAAUUCCUGCCCAGAGAAGCUCCCAGGUGAGGCAAGGGUUAAGAUCUACCUCUGGUAAAUGGCUUUCCCUUUUCUCUUCUUCUUCUGUGCUAUUUCCUUCUUUUGUGUUUUGUUUAAUCUGUUUUUAUUGUAUACUAAAAUAAAAGCUGCAAAGUUUCCUUUUUUAUAAUAUCCCCCCCUCCAAACUAAAACGUUAAUCUAGAUAAAAACACUGAUCCAGAGGAAAAGAAGGGGGUGGAGAAAGGACGAAAAAAGAAAAAGAGGUAGAGAUUGAAAGAUUUUUUAAAAGUUGGCUUCUUUAGCCUUGCGCAGCCUCCCGCGGCUGGAGAGCCGCGCAGGGCUAAGGAGGAAGCCCGGGCAGCGAGGGGAUGGAUCGCGCUCGCUGCCCUGGCUUCCUCUUUAGCCCUGCUCAGCCUCCCACGGCUGGAGAGGCGCACAAGGCUAAGGAUGAAGCCCGGGCAGCGAGGGGAUGGAUCACGCUCGCUGCCCGGGCUUCCUCUUUAGCCCUGCUCAGCCUCCCGCGGCUGGAGAGGCGCGCAAGGCUAAGGAGGAAGCCCGGGCAGCGAGGGGAUGGAUCGCGCUCGCUGCCCGGGCUUCCUCUUUAGCCCUGCUCAGCCUCCCGCAGCUGGAGAGGCGCGCAAGCAAAGAAGGGAGUGACAAUGUUCAGCCUCAUUCAGUGUAGCUUAUUGUAAAAGAUGCUGUGGUACUACAAAAGCUGGAGGGCACCAUGUUGACUGCCCCUGCUAUAGAAAACAGAGGUGGUGCAUGGCUCCCAGAAAGCCUUAAUCCUUGGGCAAGUCCACCAAAGGUGAAAGAAUGUACCUUCAGUCUCUUUACAUUUCCAACAUUUAUUAUCGGGCAAGUGAUAGAUUUUUGCAAGCUUGACUGGUGUCAUGUACCACCUGUAUAUCAUUUUCAUAAUAUUCUCUCUUAAGGCAUUACAUGCCGUAAACUUCAUACCUGUGGUCCAUAACUGUUCCCAGUCAGCCAUCAUUAUGUUAUGUCCAACAUCUUGUGCCCACUUAAUCAUAGCAGAUUUCACCGUUUCAUCCUGAGUAUUCCAUUUCAACAGCAAGUUAUACAUCUUUGACAAAAUCUUAGUUUUGGGUUCUAACAGUUCUGUUUCUAAUUUUGAUUUUUCCACCUGGAAGCCAAUUUUCUUGUCCAAAUUGUAUGCCUCCAUUAUCUGAUAAUAAUGAAGCCAAUCUCGCACUUUUUUUUUUAGUUUCUCAAAACUCUGCAGUUUCAAUCUAUCUCCCUCUUGUUCCAGAAUUUCCCAAUAUUUCGACCAUUUGGCCUCCAUAUUGAGCUUUUUCUGAGCUUUCGCUUCCAUCUGUGACAGCCACCUUGGGGUUUUGUUUUCCAUUAGGUCCUUAUAUCUUACCCAGACAUUAAACAAUGCUUUCCUGACAAUAUGAUUUUUGAAUGCUUUAUGUGCUUUGACCUUAUCGUACCACAAAUAUGCAUGCCAUCCAAAUACAUUAUUAAAACCUUCUAAAUCCAAAAUGUCUGUGUUUUCAAGAAGCAGCCAUUCUUUCAGCCAGCAAAAAGCUGCUGAUUCAUAAUAAAGUUUAAGGUCUGGCAGGGCAAAUCCACCUCUUUCCUUUACAUCCAUUAGUAUUUUAAAUUUUAUUCUAGGCUUCUUGCCCUGCCAGACAAAUCUAGAAAUAUCUCUCUGCCACUUCUUGAAGCAAUCCAUUUUGUCCAAAAUUUGCAAUGUUUGAAACAAAAACAACAUUCUAGGCAAUACAUUCAUUUUUAUCGCAGCAAUACGGCCUCCCGUUUUCACCUUAGUCGAGAUAUAAAGUCAUUUAUCUCCCUGCCUCCCCCACCCACAAUGGCAGGAAGUUUGCUUUGCACACACUGGGUGUCAGUUUCAUAAUUGUCUUCUAUCUUCAUAGAAUCAAGGAUUUUUGCUAGAAUAAAAUGUUUGUUGUGACUUAGUGCAAAGGCAAACUGGUUUCAAAGCUCUCUUGUUUGGUUGUUUCAACUUUCAUGCUUUGCUAGUUGGUCAAACAGCCUAUAAUCACAAAUCUCAAUUGAGAAAUGGCUACUUUCUCAUUAUAUCCUGGGUGUCUCUGUUAUACUACAAAGCUCCCACUAUGCUCACUUAAUCCUUGAUGUGAAAGUUUGUGCUGGUACUGCAGUUGAAAGAGACAUUCUCCUGAGGUUUUCAAUCACUCAGUUAUGGAAUAGCACACAAACUGCAAGAAAGAAAGGCAAGCUACUUACAUGUUACUGCUGUUCUUCUAGUAGCCAUCUGUGUAAUCUAUGCAAACUACUCUUCUCUCCGGAUGAUAGUGUUCUUAGUCUCUGACUAAGCACAUUCAUGGUGGUAAGAAGAUAACUGAGCGAGAUGUCACUCAUCCUGUCCUUGAAGAAUGUGCAGAGAGGACAUGUACCUGUAUUUGUAGGAUUCUGGUUUCCUACUAACUUUUAUUCUUUUUUUCCAGGUAUUGGAGUCCCUAUUAUGUUGGCAUAUGUCUAUGGAGUCGUGCCAAUUUCUUUGUGCCGUGGUGGUGGUUGUGGAGUUAGCACAGCCAAUGGGAAAGGAGUCAAAAUUGAGUUUGAUGAAGAUGAUGGGCCAAUUACAGGUAAAGAAGUAACUGUGUUUUUAAUCUUAUUGGGGAAAAACAACUAGGACUGUGCUUAACAGCUGUAUCCAGGGGCAAGUGGAAGGGUUAGAUAAUUGAUGGGGUGAACUUGUAAGGUCAGUUUGAUUUUCUUUCUCUUUCUUGCUAACAUUACAAACACAUUACUUUGUACAUAUUCUUCACUUGCUGCUCCAAACUGAUAGGGACGAAAAUAUUUAAAACUACUAGAUUCAUUCAGCUUCAUUGUUUUGCUUCCAGGUAUGCUAGUUUACAUAGAACUUAAUUGGCUAAUGUAGGAAUGCUGCUGUCAAGUCACCUUUUGUGUUAUGUUCCUUCUCAUAUUUUUCAUGGUCUCUAGUGGCGGAUGCUUGGAGGGCUCUGAAGAAUCCCAGCAUUGGGGAAAGCAGCAUUGAAGGCCUUACCAGUGUGCUGAGCACCAGUGGGAGCCCUACUGAUGGGCUCAGUGUCAUGCAGGGCAACUACAGUGAGACAGCCAGCUUUGCUGCGCUCUCGGGGGGCACCCUGAGUGGUGGAGUCCUCUUGGGAGGGAAAGGAAAGUACAGCAGGUAAUUAAAAGUUCAUUUAGGCUAUAGCACCUGUGUGUGAUAUCAUGGGUUUGAGACUCAGUCAUAAGUAAACCUAGUUUGCUUGUAUUGCACAACCCCAAGCUAGGUGUUCCCAUGCAAGAAUGUCCCCUGUUCUUACUUCAUGGUUCUUUUAGAUUAGAAAUAAAAAUGAAUUGGGUUAAGUCUUUUCUGUCCUUUCGUCAUGCAUUGUCUUGCAUGCUUUAACAUCCCAUAGGCACAAUGACAAGAAAGCUUGCCUCCUGAAUCAUAAGGUUAUAAGGUCUGUUCCUCUGAUUCAGUGUCUGAAAUAGGCAGCUGUGUAAUCAAAUCUCUAUCCAGCACCAAAUAUACAGCCGAGAAUUUGACUGUAGAAUGUAUGGGAAUGUGCUACACAGGAACUGUUAGUCAUGACCACAGACAUGACCUAAUCCUGUUCUAGAGAAAAACAGGCAAAGCAAAAUUCAGCAAAAUAAGUUGUUGCUUAAAACUGAAUCACUUUAUGCUUAAUUCUUGUGAAUUAAAUAACUCCUUUGUUUGGUCAAACAUCAAGUGAGGUGGGAGAGCUACAUUAGUAUAAAGAACCUAAUAAAUUCCUGUCCCUUGCCCAGGCUGGAAGUGCAGGCUGAUGUCCAGAAAGAGAUUUUCCCGAAGGACUCGGUCAGCCUUGGAGCCAUCAGUGACAAUGCCAGCACGCGAGCUAUGGCAGGCUCCAUCAUUAGUUCUUACAACCCCCAAGACAGGUAUGUUAAUGCAGUUAGUUUGUGUUUGUAAUGGGGUCAGUGGUCUCUGAAGAAAGCCCAUCAUUUUUGUUCUGAUCUUGUCAACAGACGUUGGCAGGAGGUCACCAUAACUUGUUUUCUAUGGAAAACUUCAUUUAGUGAGAAGAGCCUUUUCUUGAAUGGCAGAUUUGGAUGGAAAGUUGGAUGAAUGUGGCUUGGUGUGGACUUUGUUGACUAUCAUUCUCUGCAGAUCAUUCAGAAGUAUUUAGCUACAGGGGCUGAUUAAUGUGUAGUGAAAAUUUAACUGGAAGCUUAAGACAUAAGAAUACAAAUACUGGAUACUUCAUUAUUCUGCGACUAACUUAAAGAGUAAAUUUUCAGAUACAGUGGACCCUCAGGAUAUGUACUUAAUUCGUUCCGGGGGUCCGUACGUACCCCGAAAAGUCUGCAACAUGAGGCGCCACUUCUGCACACACACGCGGCGCGAUAGAGCGCUUCUGUGCAUGCGCACACGGCGAAACCUGGAAGUUUACAUUUCCAGGUUUGCCAUGUUCGCAACCCAAACGUUACGUUACCCGAAGGUAAUGUAACCUGAGGGUCCACUGUACCUCUCUUGCCACUUUGUUUCAGCUAACAUAUUUCUAUGUGCUCUCAGUGUACUUCAACUGUUGCCUGCUCUUAUAGGCUUGCAGCACCUAGUUGGAAGCAACAACUUUUGCAUAAAGUUAUGUGGAAUGUUUUCAGGAUUCUUUAGUUCUGUGUGUGACCUAGAAUCAGGGAAGGCUGCUGAAACUCAGGAUGACAGUUCAAAUCACUUGCAGGAGUUAGCCAUCUCAUUAUUUUGAAUUGGUUGUACAGCUGUUGCAGGCUGAAAGAGUGAGGUUCAGAACAGGACUAGAUGAGCCUUUGGCUUGAUCCAGCAGGGCUGCACUUUGUCAGUGUUUAAAAAACAUCUGUCUGUCUAUGUGUCUAAGUGUGUGUUUUUGUGCACACAUAUGGACCCACAUUGGAGCAGUGACUUAAUGUUGUUGAUGUUAACAUUUUGGGUUUUUUCUAGCCAAAGGCUCAGGUAGUGCACACACAUCAGGGAUACAUAGCAAUAUGUUGUGGGGCCUUGUUCAUGUAUUAUACUGUUUAUUUUGUAGUAGGUUUUAAAAAACUAUAUUAGAAAUGUUAGCUUGCCAGAAUUUCAGAAUUGCAAUAAAUAGUUCUGAAAUAAAAGUUGUCUCCUAGAACUCACAUGGGCUCCUCCUUCCACAGAGAGUGUAAUAAUAUGGAGAUCCAGGUGGACAUAGAGACCAAGCCGAGCCAUUACCAGCUUGUUAGUGGGAGCAGCACAGAGGAUUCUCUCCAUGUUCACACUCAGAUGGCAGAGAAUGAGGAGGAGGAAGCAGAAGAAGAGCAGGAGCAGAUGUGCAACCACCAAAGCUGUGAGCAAAAAGACUGCAUUGCUAGCAAAACCUGGGACAUCACUCUAGCACAGCCUGAAAGCAUCCGAAGUGACUUGGAGAGCUCAGACAGUCAGUCGGACGAUGUGCCUGACAUUACCUCUGAUGAAUGUGAUUCCCCCUAUCCCCAGACUGCUGCCUGCCUGCAUCCCCCAAACGCCAGAGGUGCUGAGAGCCCAAGUGCCCAUAUUGGCCAGUGUGCCCAAGCAGAAGGGCACAGGCCAGAGGAGAGAGUCUCUAUGCUGGAGUGCAUUGAGGCCCGAGUAUGAGGCCGCUCUCUCCUGAGAAGAAGCACACUGAUUGUUACUGCCUCUACUAUGGUGAGGGCCACCCAAGAGUGGGGGUGAUUAUGUCAUUGUUGGCUUUUGUUUCUGAUUCCCCAGACUGCUGCCCUAACCUGACUCUGGGGAAAUGGCAUUUCUUACACGAUAAUAAACCCUUGAUCUCUCUCUUUUUUUUAAUUUAUUGGUUCAAGCGCUUGGUGAUGCUCUGUGAGUUGUGUAAGAGUGUACAUAAAAGUGUGCGUGUACAUCGUAUGUCUGCCAAACAUACGCCUAAAGAACGCCUUUAAUAAAGAUUCCUGUUGCCAUUCAUAGUGGAUCCUGU